AUGUCCCAUAGAAGACACAAGUCGCGUAAAAGGUCUCGCUCUUGGUCGCCAUCUUCCCGCCAAAACUCUGUUUCGUCGCCUGACCUACAUCAAGAAGGAUCCCCGCCGAAACGGCGCAAGGACGAAAACGAUUCCCUUCAGAAGAUUCUUCAGUCGACUGAACGUCUUUCCAACCGAAUAGACUCGCUUGAGUCCCGAGCAAAUCAGCCAGAAACUAUUGCAGAUACUGAUGAUGAUGUUUUGUCGAUUAUGGCUGAUGAAACCACAGGCGGCCCAAGCCAUGUUUCGUUUCCUGCUGAUGUUGUAGACAGCUGCACUGACAUCAAGUCCAUUGGUAAACCUAUCACUCACAACGCUCGCUGGCUCCAUUACGGAGCUUGGAUGAAAGACCCGCUGGGAAUCAUGGGCACUGAGACCAUCUUCACAAUGGAAAAUUAUUAUUCAAACCUGGUUGAAGAGUUUGAAAACAUGGCCAAGUUUAAAGCAGGUUUGCCUCGUAAGACGUACAAAUUGCCUUACUACUGGGACGGAACUGGAGCAGUGGUAUACGGACCAUAUCUCUACUUUAACAGUGAACUCAAGUCGAGCACACUUAUCCUACUUGUUUCAUUUUGGACAGAACCGAUGAAUACGAUGGGCAAUGCUUUCGUGGCCUGUGGAGUGAUUUACUGUAUUGACAGCUAUAACAGCAAGUCCACUACCAUCAACUUUGCUUACGACACUAAGACAGGAAAACAGUGGAACCCCAACAUACAGUUCACAAACCAAUAUAGAGUCAACUCCAUGGUGGACUACAACCCCAGGGAAAAAGUCUUGUAUGCCUGGGAUCAGAAGCGUCUAGUCACUUACUCUGUGACUUUUGAGUAAAGUUAGAUUAAUCCGAAAACCAACAGCAAGAAAGAAUUACCACAUUAUCUGAUUGCUUAGCUGUUUUGUAGAAGAUGCGCUCAUACAAAUUAACUUCAAAAUAAAUAUAAGAUUAACUUAAUAAUAAAAUGUCAGCCGUAAUUGUAGCUGGUAAAGCCACGAAGACAGAAUAGCAGUAAUUGCUGAAUGCUCAAAUAAAAUGUGAAAACGAUAUCAUGGCUAUCUGCUUGUGGAGUUGUAUAGGUAACUAUCACGGUGAUUGAAAUGAAAAAAAGUAAAAAUAACAGUCCCAGCGAUUUUCCCUGAUAACAAAAACAAAAAAACAACAACAACAAAAAAAGAAACAUGUGAAACACAGAGAUGGCCGUCAAGAAGUUUAGAGUUGCAGAGAGAGAAUGGCUUUAAGGAGCUCCAGCAGC